AUGGGGGAAGGGUGGGGUGUCCUGGCCUGGGAGCCCCACACGCCGUGUGACAGUGUCCCCAUGUCACCCGCCCAGCUCGUGGCGUGUUCCAAGGCCCUGGAGAGCUCGGAGGAGCUGCUGGAGGCGGCCAACCAGGCCCUGGGCACGGCGAACCACCACGACUUCUCCCAGGCGGCCAAACAGAUCAAGGAUAGCGUGACAAUGGCUCCGGCAUUCCGCCUGUCGCUCAAGGCCAAGGUGAGCGAUAACAUGAGCCACCUGAUGGUGGAUUUCGCCCAGGAGCGGCGGCUGCUGCAGGCCCUCACCUUCCUGCCAGUGCCCAGCGCCCCCGAGAUCGACCUGGCCGAGUCGCUGGUGGCCGAUAACUGUGUGACCCUGGCCUGGAGGAUGCCCGACGAGGACAGCAAGAUCGACCACUACGUGCUGGAGUACCGCAGGACCAACUUCGAGGGGCCGCCCCGCGCCAAGGAGGACCAGCCCUGGAUGGUCAUCGAGGGCAUCAAGGGCACCGAGUACACCCUGACCGGGCUGAAGUUUGACAUGAAGUACAUGAAUUUCCGGGUCCGGGCGUGUAACAAGGCGGUGGCGGGCGAUUUCUCCGAGCCGGUCACUUUGGAGACCAGAGCGUUCAUGUUCCGGCUGGACGCCAGCACGUGCCACCAGAACCUGCGGGUGGAGGAGCUGAGCGUGGAGUGGGACGCCACGGGCGGGAAGGUGCAGGACGUCAAGGCCCGCGAGAAGGACGGCAAGGGCAGGACGGCCUCCCCUGCCAACUCCCCUGCCAGGGUGGUGCAGUCACCCAAGAGGAUGUCCCUGGGCCGAGGGGGCCGCGACCGAUUCACCGCCGAGUCCUACACGGUGCUGGGUGAGAGGGGCACCGGGUCCCACCUGUACCCCAUCCCCACCCGUGUCCCCAUCCCCACCCGUGUCCCCAUCCCCACAGGUUUCCUGUCCUUCUACAACGCCCGGACCAAGCAGUUGCUCCACACCUUCAAGGCCAAGUUCUCUCAGCCGGUGCUGCCGGCCUUCAUGGUGUGGUGUGGCAGCUUCCAGGUGACGUCGGGCCUGCAGGUGCCGAGCGCCGUGCGGUGCCUGCAGAAGCGCAACAGCACGGCCAGCAGCUCCAGCCUGCCCUGAGCGGGCACAGCACUGAAUGUACCCCCUGCCCACCCCCUGCCCCCGCAGGGCCCUGCCAGCCCCGGGCCACCCACGGCCCCCACUCCGUGCCCCCCGUGCCGCCGGGGCGCCCCCAGCACCGAGAGCUGCUUCUGGCCUGGAGAAUAAAUUGGGAUGUAGGUGUGA